AAAAAAAAAUAAGGUUGGAGGAUCUAUGGAAGACGCGCUCGGUUGAGGGGCCGACACAGACGGACGCACGGACUCACGGACGUGCAGCCAAAGGCAGUUCCUACCCAGGCCUGGUUGGAAGGGCCAUGUUCCUCUUAUCCCUACUCUUCUCUUCGCUCCACUUCCGCCAUCGCUACGCCCGUCUUCACGCAGCCAGCGACAUUGCUGGCCACCGCAGCCAAUCAACUUGCUGGAAGCAAAAAGGCAAUGGUGCUACUUUUUAUUCGGGUGUUCGGGCCUGGAGGAAGGCAUCAACAGCCAAGGAAAAACGCAAAUCAUUGUUUAGCAGUUUAGUUCAAGGAUGGGUAGUUGUCUAUCCACGCAACUCUUUAAUAUCUGUACGCAACAACUGUUGUGCUUCAACGAUUCAGCAGAGAGGGAAGAUCACGAGCGAGUUAUCGCUGCAUACUCGUGCUGGCCAGCGCUAUCUGGAACGGAAAAAAAAUGGAUCGCGGACUCGCUACAAAGGCCAUUUGCAUGAGGAGGUCCCACGAUAGCGUUUAGUCCUCAGCAAGUUUCAUCCGCAAGCGAACACCGCAUACGAAGUACACUUUGAGCAGUAUUGUCAGAGGCUGCUCGUCCCAACCGCCAUGGAGCGUACUGCAGAGGCUGAACAU